AUGUCUGUCACCGCCGCUACUCAGCAAAUGCCUCCGGUCUCGGAAUCCGCUCUAGAGCAGCCGAAAGAGAGCGUUACUGCCGCCACUGUCAUUGUGGCUCAGAAUGCUAAAGUCACGACGCAUUCUCCCGACGGUGGCCGUGUGGCUUGGCUGCAAGUCGCGGGCUCAUUCUUUUUGUUCCUCAAUUCGUGGGGAAUAAUUAGUUCCUACGGAGUGUUCCAAACCUACUACCAGGCGAACAUGAAAGGCACAUCUGUCGACGCCAUCGCCUGGAUUGGUUCCAUUCAGUCAUGCCUUCUCCUCUUCAUUGGCUUUCUUGUCGGCCCGCUUUACGAUGCAGGGUACUUCCGGAGCCUAACAUUGACUGGUAUUCUCCUCGUAUUCCUCGGCAUGUCCAUGACAAGCAUCGCAACGCAGUACUGGCAAACGUUGCUUGCUCAGGCUUUCUGCGUCGGUCUUGGCGCUGGCUGCAUCUACAUACCGUCGGUAGCAAUCAUCCCCCAGUACUUCAACAGGCGUCGUGCCCUGGCCACCGGUAUUGUCGCAACGGGCAGCAGCUUCGGUGGCGUCAUCUAUCCGCUAGUCAUACAAAGUCUUCUCCCGCGAGUGGGCUUCCCCUGGGCGACGCGGGUUGUUGCUUUCAUCUCACUCGCCACAAACGCCUUCUCAUUUGCUGUGCUCAGACAACGGAGCGAACCUCAUCCUGAGAAGCGUCGCCGUGCCAUGCUAGACCUUUCCGCAUACCGCAAUAUCUCCUUCGUUGUCUUCUCCGCUUCCAUGUUUUUCAACUUCUUCACAUAUAUGGCACCCAUAUACUACCUGCAACAAUAUUCUCUUACCCAUGGAUUGCCCAAUCGAGGUUCGUCGGGGCUGGCAUAUUAUCUCGUCGCAAUAUUGAAUGCGGGCUCUAUCCUCGGUCGGGUCUUCCCAGCGUGGCUUGCAGGCCGUUACGGGCCAAUCAAUGUUCUUCUUGGUGUAUCCGUCUGCAUCGCCAUGGUCGCGAUGUGCUGGCUUACCGUCCACACUGGUGCCGGAAGUGUGGCGUUUGCCCUCGCCUACGGGUUUGCAUCUGGUGGUCUCGUCUCCCUUCCGCCUACUGUCGUCUCGACUCUAGUGCCUGACCUCCGCCUGCAUGGAACGUGGCUGGGCAUGUUGUCAACGACGAAUGCAUUUGGCUCGCUGGCCGGCCCGCCCAUUGCGGGAGCUUUGCUUGAGGCUACUGGCAGUUACUUGGGUGUCCAACUAUUGUCAGGUCUCGGGAUGACUGCAAUGGCAAUCUUGGUCCUCAUAUUAAGGAUAACCAGGAUAGGAAAAGGUCGGACUUGGACCGUAUAA